AUGUAUAUUGUUGUAGUUGUUUAUUUUGUUCGGUCACAAGACGAAUAUGAAGAAUCAACAACAGUUCCUAUAUCAACAACUGCAGAUGAAGCUGACGAACAAUUAAUUGGACGUGUUUCAUUAACUAUACCAAGUCGUACAGUUACUGAUCCUAUAGACAAUGGAAGUCAACAGAAUUAUAAUCAAAUUUAUUUAAGUGAAUCAUCAAAACAACGUAUUAUCAUUGCACUUGCUGUUCUAUGCGUAGCUCUUGUUGUGUUACUCGGGUUCCUUUUUUCAAUUAUUGUGUGUCAAUGGUUACAACAUGAUAGAGGCGAAGACGAUUUAUCAAAUGAAACAAGUAAAGCACAAACAAAUCUAGUCGAUUCUUCAUAUAAUUAUCAUAAUCAAGCCUAUAGACAAACAAUUAAACUUUAG